UUGGGCACAUAACCGUCAAAACCCCAACUCGUCCUUUUGCAUUCUCUCUCUAAGCAAAGAAGAGAGAGUCAGAGGAAUAGAGUAGAGAAAGAGAGCUUAUCCUGGAGGUUGAAGGUAGCUCAGUUUGUACGGAGAGAGCGUUCACACUAUUCACAGUUCACACUAUCAACCCAAAAUCCGUCCUCAAACUAAACUAACAUUACAUCUCUUUUAAUUUGAGCUACCAUGAAAGACAAUCGACAAUUGGAUCCGCCAUUGGGAAAAGCUUUCUGCGGUUAGCAAACUGACGAACUAAGAACUUUCUCGAUACUAAUUUUUGACAGAGACUUCAAGCAAUUUGAAAUUCUUUUCUUCGUUCUGGAAUUUUGUUCCCACCGACGUUCCAUUUCAUUCAGUUUUCUUCCGGUUUCAGAGCGUCAGGGAGACGUAAUCAAACUGUUGAGUGAGCGGCUUGGAGUUCUUCCUCUUUCUUGUUGGUUAUUUAAACAGAUUCCAAUCAGGUUUUGUUGUUUUCUCAUUUUUCAUUUCUUUAGAUUUAAAUAAAACAAUGAAUUACUGCGUCCCUGAUUUUGAGACCGACGAAGAUUCCUUGCUUCCUUCUUCUUCUUCCGUGCCAUCGCGCUCCAAGACGUCUUCCAUGUUAGAUGGUGAGGUUAUGGAACUUCUAUGUCAGAACGGUCAAGUGGUAAUGCAAAGUCCAAACCAGAAAUCCAGGAUGAAAUCGCCGCAGUCUACCACCGCGGAGCAAAUCACGAACAGAGACACUCGCCCUAUGAGUCAACAGGAGGAACCGCAGCUCUUCAUGCAGGAGGACGAAAUGAUUUCGUGGCUUCAUUAUCCUCUGGUUGAUGAUUCUACUUUGGAGAAUAGUUUCCGUGAUGAACUUCUUUAUCCUUCUAAUCCUCAGAGUAUUGAGCAAAACGCCGUCGUUUCUGCACAAGUUCGUACUACUGAUGGCAUGGAGUUUCGGCCUCUCACAGCGAUGACGACGACAGCGACCUCAACAAUGGUUGCUCGGCCGCCAAUUCCACCGAUGAGAAGAACGGAACCGGAAACGAAGGUAAAUAGUUUCGGGCGCUUCUCCGGGCACGCACGGAGGAUCGAAUCUGCUCCGUCCAAUUCGAAGAACAUGGUAAGGGAAUCUACAGUGGUCGGUUCGACUUCAAGCAACACAAUGGUGUUGACGCCGGAAACAAGGAGUUCGGAAGUACAGAGAACGGCUAUAACCGAUAUACCAAGCUGUGGUUUAGCCUGCAGUGGUGGAGUAGCAGCUCCGUCGACUGGCAACGGUGGAGAACUGAUGAAGAUGAUAGUAAGUGAAACAGAACCGGUUCAAAGGACAACGAGUCUUGAGGAUCGGAAGCGGAAAGGAAAAGAAACGGACGAUUCCGAUUACCUAUGCUAUAGCACGGAUGUUGAAUUCGAAUCUACUGAUGCAAAGAAGCAAGUUCGUGGAUCGACCUCUACAAAGAGAUCUCGUGCUGCUGAGGUCCAUAAUCUCUCAGAGCGAAGAAGAAGAGAUCGGAUAAAUGAAAAGAUGAAAGCUUUGCAGGAGCUUAUACCCCGGUGUAACAAGGCAGACAAAGCUUCAAUGUUGGACGAGGCAAUUGAAUACUUGAAGACACUUCAGUUACAAGUUCAGAUGAUGUCCAUGGGAUGUGGUAUGGUGCCAAUGAUGUUUCCUGGUGCUCAACAAUUUAUGCCUCCGAUGGGAAUGGGAAUGGGACUUGGAAUGGGCAUCGGUAUCGGCAUGGAAGCAGGUGUAAACCGUCCCAUGAUGCCAUAUCCUAACAUGUUAGCUGGACAGAUGUUUCCGUGGCAAGCUGGAGCCACUCAACUUGGACCUUCUCUCUCUUUUCCACCCUUUCAUAUGGCUCAUGUUUCCAAUACUGAUCCAUCAAGAAUCCAAGAAACCAAUCAGUCAGAUCAAAUGCACAGCUCAUCAGAAAUGCAAAAUAUAAAUCUGCCAAGGGCCUCGAGUUCACUUGAUAGCUAUCAUCAGUUUCCUGGUUCCCAACAGAUGCAAAAGUCAGCAUCAUCAUCACAGCCUUCCCUACAGAAUCAACCGCCAGCCCUGCUACCAGGAACACAUAAUCAACAUACUAGGCGGAGACUUGAAAAUAUCGACAAUCAUGAAACAGGAAGUCCUACCAUGUAUCCGUGUUGAAAUUGGAGGAAGCAUGGAAUUUCUUGGAUAGGGCCCUACAUUACAUGCCUGCAAAAAUUUUGUAGCUAGGUAGAGUUUGAUUACAAUAACAACAUAACACAGGUUGACAUGUAAAUUAUGCAUAGUUCAUACCAUUAUCAAAUGAGAACAACACAGCUCCUUUUCCAAUUUCCUCCCUUUUGCUACUUGGGAUUUGUUUGAGUUUUUACACAUUGAUGAUGUGAGCUCUCAAUCAAACACACCUAACAGAAUAGCUAGUCGUGGCUUGGAGAUAAAUAUUAGAGUUGGUUUGGAUUGAUCAAGCAUGUAAUUUGUUCGUGGGUUGGAAUUUUCUCAAUGUGCAAUGACCUACUCGGAACCCUAGAAAGUGGAUUGUAUUAUUUCAA